CCUUGAGGAGGCCCUCUUCCUCGGCAGGCAAUAGAGGAAAUGGGAAGGGAAAAUUUGAUGUGGAGAGAGGGUUUCUCAAAGAUUCUGCAUUUUAGGGUUUCGAAUCAGCAUCAUGGUUCAACUCUCAUGUUCGUGCUUUUAGCCUGUUAAUGCUGGACAGUGGACACUAAACUACACACUAUACAUACAUCUAGCAAGCACCAUUAAUUAGAAAUCAAUUUAAGGAGAUUGUUGGUGCUUUUCCGGGGAUCGAAGUGGUGCUAACAGCUUGGCAACUUUAUUCAGCGCGGGCUUGCUUCUUGAGACUUAUUAGAUGCACUAGUUGCUUACAUGGCUUGUUUGCUUUCCAAGCUAUUGGUUUUACCUUUCUUUUAUCAGGAAUGCGCCAUCUGAAACCUGAAGGCGGUUGGUACUCAAUUUACUAUUGAUCUUAUCUUUCAGAAUCUGCAUAAGCUCUAUAGUCGUAUUGUAUGAUUGGGUUCACAUUCGCACAAUGCUUGAAUGCCAGCAAUGUUCAUAUUCCACUGUAUGCUUUUCUUGGUUACCUCUGCAUUUUAUAAUCUUUGUAGUCAUAUUGGUCUAUUACCAACCUAGCUUUAUAUUCAUCCUAUCUACAUAUUCAUGUGUUAUGGAUCAUUAAUAUCAGGAUCAGAUUUGAAAACAAAACAAGUGAACUAAUUUUUAUUUUUAUCAGUGUUUGACAUCCCAAUAUUUUUAUAAAAACUCAAGAUUGGACUUCUUGGUGGCAAAGUAUGAUAGUCAAUCAAUCUAAUGAUUUUAUUCUAACACUGCUUGUCAAUAUAGCCCAUCAAAAGACAUGAUAUCUUCAGAUUUAGCCCAUAUGAUAGUUAAAGAACUAAUGGCUAUGUAGUGAUAAUUGCCCUCCUAGACAUGGUAGAUUAGAAAACAAAGUUUUGUUACUGGGAUUUUGUGAGCCUUAGCAUCCUAUUGCUUAUUUACUUACCUUCAUCUCUGCUUCCACCAUAGUAAGUUCCAAUGUCUGACCUUUUUAAUUGGUUACUUCAUAUUGCAAAUUAAGAGUACCGUGUUUAGGUGAAAAGUGAUGCUAUCAGGGCAGAAGCCCCAUGCUAAUUUCUUGAACCUGCUAAAGGAGCCAUACUUUUGAGUUUUGACACACACUGUGCUGUUUAGGGAGUGAAUUUAUAGUAUUUGUCAUGCCCUCAAGAAUGUGCCUUAGCACAGUACAUAAUACAAAAGGGACCGUCCAUUCAAGCAAUGCAACUUCAGAGCAAAGAUGGGAGGAAAAUUCUUGUGCAAUGGAAUCUCUGUAUGAUAUAGAUCUUAUCUCAAGAACAGUACCUGUUAUUCUGGACAAUUCUAAGACGUGGCAUGAGAUAGCAUCGAGAAUUAUGAAAUUAGAAGAGGGAGGUGUAGUACAUGUUCAAGGUAUUGGCAGAGGUGAACUUAAAGAAAAUCAUGUGUACUCCAAAGCUAUUCUAAUAAACCGCACUGCAAGUCCUCUUGCUUGGUUUAUGGAGUGCAAGGAUCGUAAAAAACGCAGCUCUGUGAUGCUACCCUACACCUUUUUGCCAAGCGUGCCAGCAAAAAAAUUGAAUGAUGCUGCAAAUAAGAUGAAAGAAAGGCUUGGUGAUUAUGAUGCUAUUCAUGUGCGCCGAGGUGAUCUAUUGAAAAAUAGGAAAGAUAGAUCUGGUGUUGAACGGAGCCUUCAUCCCCAUCUCGAUAGAGACACCCGCCCUGAGUUUAUCGUAAAGAGAAUUGCAAAAUGGAUUCCACCAGGUCGAACUUUAUACAUCGCCUCAAAUGAAAGAACACCUGGCUUCUUCUCCCCUCUGUCCGACAGGUACAAGCUAGCAUACGCAUCCAACUUCAGUAGCAUAUUAGAGCCAAUAAUCGAGAACAACUAUCAGCUAUUCAUGUUGGAGAGGCUAAUGAUGCAAGGAGCAAAGACAUUCGUGAAGACAAUGAAAGAAUUUGACAAUGAUCUUACCCUUUGCGAUGACCCCAAAAAGAACACCAAAGUUUGGCAAAAGCCAGUCAGUACGUAACCUGGCUAAUCCUGGCCACCCCUCGUAAUCUCAUAUGAUGCAGCUGACACUUUCAGCAACUGGAAGGGUUGACAUGGAUGGCAGAUUAAUCAUGACAGUAUCUGAAAAGAUUUUGCUAUCUUCUCCUUGAAGAAGAGCCAAACCAACCAGCGCCGGGAAAUGCUAUACUUGGGAUUCCCUGAGCACAUAUGUUCAUAUAAAUACCGCGUAUUCUUAUGUUCAGGAAAGAUGUUAAACAUAUGUUUACAGCAAAAACUAUGUUUGCAAUUAUACAUUGCUUAUAAAUACAGUACAUUAUACUGCGAGAAUGAUUACACCAGAGAUUGUGUUUGCGGUGUAUAUUGCAUAUAGAUUCAUGUAAAUGAUUCUACUGUAAGAAUGGACUGGCACCUUGAGGAUUCAGUUGUGGGAUGUUCAUUAAUCAUUGACUGAUUGCACUAUUUUGUAUCAA